AUGGACGCGCAGCCUAACUGGAGAGGUGGGGCGGCGGCGUCUAGGCUCUCGUACAAGAACGCCACCAUCGCCGUGUGCGCCUUUAACCUCCUCCUCCACAACUACUUCUCGUCCUGGACGCGCAUUGCCGGCGGCGACAGGCUCGAUUCCGCUCAGCUUCGGUAUAUAUGGGAAUCUGAGGAGUUGCGUCGUGCUAUGGAGCCUGUGGAUUUGAUCAGAAGAGUGAAGGAAAUAGAGCAAGAAGCUUAUGGUGAGCAUGGCAUGGCGACAGAUGAAGAUCCUAAGCAGACUGCUGCUGUUGAUUUAUCAAAACGGCUGAAGGAUUUAAGGGCGGGGAAUGAUGGCAGUAGCCAAAAAGCUCUUGAAGAAUGGCGUAAACGGAAGAUGGAGCGUGCAAGGCAGCGAGAGAUCGAAAAGAAUGGGACUUCUAGUGCGAAAACUAAAUGA